CUUCAACUCGAAUUAGUGUCUACUAGGAUCCGAUGCAUCGCCUCGCGGCCACUCUCGCCGUCGUUUCUCCUUCUUUCUUUCUCCUCUCUAACACCAUCAAUGGCGGCAGCUUUCAGGUGGGUUCUUCAGCUUCACAGGGACGUGCCUAAAGCUGCACGUUUCUACUCGGAGGGCUUGGGUUUUUCCAUCGACGUUUGCACUCUCCGGUGGGCUGAGCUCCAGUCUGGUCCCCUCAAACUCGCUCUCAUGAAUUCCGACAGCAACAUUGCCAUACAGAACGGUUAUUCCUCCAUGCUAUCUUUUACUGUGACUGAUAUACAAAGCACUGUAACAAAAUUAGUUACAUUAGGAGCGGAGCUAGAUGGUCCAAUUAAAUAUGAGAUCCAUGGAAAGGUAAUACUCAAAAAUAAACUUUAUAGGGGAGAAACAUUUUCCUGCGAUAUUCCAUAUCUGAAGCACUUGGUAAUUGUACAGGUCGCAGCUAUGCGUUGCAUUGAUGGGCACAUGUUGGGACUUUAUGAACCGGCAUGAUUGGUUUAGUGGAAGCCAUGAAUCCAAUGAAU